AUAUCACUUCACUUCUGUAUUAGAAUUCGAAUCUGAGGAACCUUGGGAGAGACAGAGAUUGUGAAUGAUGACGUUCAACGUGUUGAUAUUGAUCAAGCUUUUGGUCAUCCAGUAUAUGUGCGCGCUCUCUGUUGCACAGAAAUUUGAUUUCUUCUAUUUGGUUCUCCAGUGGCCAGGAUCAUACUGUGACACACAGAAAGGUUGCUGCUACCCAAAAUCUGGAAAGCCAGCAGCAGAUUUUGGGAUUCAUGGUCUGUGGCCUAAUUACCAAAAUGGAUCCUACCCAUCAAAUUGUGACCCCAAAAACCCUUUCGAUGAAUCUAAGGUAUCAGGCCUCACUAGCAGUCUAAGGGAAGAUUGGCCGACGCUGGCCUGUCCCAGCGGCGAUGGCCUGACCUUUUGGUCUCAUGAAUGGAACAAGCAUGGAACUUGCUUCGAGUCGGUUCUUGAUCAACUAGGAUACUUCAAAGCAGCUCUUUCAUUGAAAAACCAAGUCAAUCUCCUUGAAGCUCUAGAGAAUGCAGGAAUAAGCCCGAAUGGAUCAUCGUACAGCUUGGGAGAUAUUAGGGAUGCGAUAAAGCAUGCAAUUCAAUAUAUUCCAUGGAUAGAGUGCAACACUGAUGAAUCAGGCAACAGCCAGCUCUAUCAAAUUUACUUGUGCGUCGACAAAUCCGGGUCCAACCUGAUUGAAUGUCCAGUGUUUCCUCAUGGAAAAUGUGGGUCGGAGAUCGAGUUCCCGAAGUUUUAAACUUGAAGCACGACAUUUUCGAGUUGACAUUUGUUGCUAUUUUCCUUGUAUCAGUUGUUCUACAUCAAUCAUCAACUGAACCAGUUUAUUGUUCUUGCCUAUAAAAAUUGAAGGUGUUUAUUGCAACUUAAUGACAAAAGGAUGGAAAACAAAAAGGAAACAAUGUUUAAGCUAAUGUUUAUUGAA